AUGAAAUGUUCUCAAUUUGAAACAACGAUAAUCGUUGGAAUCCCUCUUUUGGUACUAGUUGGUAUUUGUUUGAUAUUGGUAGCUUCUCAUAUAUCAAGACUAAGUAGAGAAAUGAAUGCAAUUCAGGAAUCGAACUUAAAUAUCAUUAAUUUAAGAUUUAGAGUAAGAAAUCAAGAAUACACCCAAAAUGCCCAAAAUUCAAAUUUGAGUCAAAGCCUUGAUGUUGCUUCUAGUACUACCAAAUUUGGCUCAAUAGAUGCUGUUUCUCAAAAUUCUGAAUCAAUUAAUGCUGAUGCUCAUACUGUUACAAUUGUUAAACGUUUAUGGUCAUUUUUUAAACAAUGUUUCGAACUAAGAACUCUAAUAUUUGAAGCAGCAAAUGAAACUUUUAAAGACGAUGAUCAGAUAAAAGAUAUUCAAAAUUAUUUUCCAAAACUCGCAAAACGAUAUAGAGAUGCACAAAUUCUCUAUCACAUUCUUGUUUUAAUUUUUGGUGUCUUAUUGAUAAUUAUAAUUUGUUCUUGUUAUUAUUCUAGGUAG